CACGCGCCCCGUACAUUGUGUUUAAGCAGAUACAGCUUUCUUUUGGCUACAACAGCUAUUCUAUUGUACACUGAAGGUGAACUCUCCCUCUUAACUAAAACAAUCGUGCAAACAAACACAUUUGAGUUCUUGCCUAUUUGAUCGCCCAGCAUUGUCCGUCGCCAACCCUCACCUCAAGUUGCUACAGUUCGCUCUCUCCAGUGCCAUAGCUGAUUACGAUCACACGUACGUUUCUGCCAUAGACACCCUGUUUUCUGGCAGAAUUUAGUCUGUCUACUGGUAAAAUUAACGAUACAGGCCCGAACAAAAGUACAGACAAAUACAAAGCAAACCGUACAGUUUUCUUCGCUGUUAGUAUUUUGUUAGGAAUUCACAACAGCAGUGUUAAUACCAGAAUGCAUUUAUGUUGUUUUAUAAACGUUCAGUCCCAUAUUUCAGUCUGAAAUUUAGUUGUCACAUUCUCCUUCAUUAACAGCAGCAGCGGCAGUAGUCUUCCUGCGCAAAAGGAGUUCUGAUGCUUUUACAUGUGCUACCUAAACGUCUGUCAGUCUGGCAACCUCUUUUGUCAACCAUAGCGUGCCUAUCCACUCUUGCCAUUGCUUAGUUUCCGCGCGAGGUGUGCUGAGCAGGUACCCGCCGUCAGGCGCCUGCGGCAAAAUCAGCGGGGGGUUAGUCAGCUGCUGAAAUCAACCAUCAUCGCCGUCUUGUACGUUGGCAGUAUCCAACAUUGGCUGUGAGGGCGAGAGUUGCUGUUAAUGACACAGGUAAUCUAUGUAGAAAUGUAACGUCCCUGUGAAACGAGAGGCUCUGCUAAGAAAAUGUGAUGACAGCACCGCCACGUUAGCCUCUAGGGAUGUGUGUAAGGCCGCCUAAGGCAUGUGGCCAAGUAAAGAACCGUUUUUCUUCAGUUAUCGAGGCAACUCGGACAGCAACCGGAGCAGCAAUUUACAGCACCGAUCAGCGCGUAGUGGCGGUACCAUUAAAUGGUCGUAGUGGAGCCAGGACGAGCGACGGAUCGAUUCCCCAGCAGUCAUUUUUGAAGUCUGGAGAAGUUGUGCAGCCUGCAAUGUACCGUUCACAGUAGCGGUGAAACCAGUGCAAAAGCAGUUGUUUUCGCCUCGCCUCGCCUUGCCCUGACUUUUAGCGCGAUGGACUGAUCCUGUGAUUAUAGAUACAGGCGGCGUUGGUCGCGUCAGUUUGUGAUUCUUCUGCUUCGAUUUGCCUAUUAUUGUGUGAACGUUUUUGCGCUUGUAAAAACUUCUGCUACUUUGCCCCGUUUCUUCUUGUUGGAAGGCAAUCGGAUGACCGGCAGCUGGUGCUAGACUAUGGAGGAUCCAUAUCCCGCUUGUAAAGAGGACAUUACGCGCGCUUUGGACAAGAGUCGUCUGCUCUUCAACCAGUGGACCCAGCUCAAACUACAGAGCAAGUCCAAGGAGGAGGUUGAGUGGACAUCGAAUGAACUUCGAAACUCGUUAAGAUCUGUCGAUUGGGACAUCGAGGAUCUAGAAGAGACCGAAAAUAGCUUAGAGAAAAAUCCCCGGCGGUUUAAACUUUCUCGAGAAGAAGUACUCGCACGAAGGGAAUUCAUUGAUAGAGUUAAAAAUGAAGUUUACCAGAUGAAAGAAAGCGUUCUCGGUGGAGAUCAUCAGGCUCAGAAAAAAAGCGCAAAAAAGAAACCUCCAGGGAUGGAUCUUUUUGGCCGAAGUGGGCCAGGAGGCUAUACUUCUCUCCGAAAUGAAGAAGCAAGCCCUGAACACCGAAUUGUCAUCCAAGGACGGGCAGCACAGCUUCAAAGGGACCUGAUAGGACAGCAGGAGCAAGAACUUGACCAGAUUCACACCACAGUUGGGACUCUCAAGGUAAUGUCCAAACAAAUUAAUAAUGAGCUAGAAGAGCAAAGCGUUAUGCUGGACGACCUGGGGAAUGAAAUGGAUUCUGCGGAGAACAGGGUGGAUAUUGCCCUUAAAAAGAUGGCUAAGGUGCUAAAUAUGUCGAACGAUCGACGACAGUGGCUCGCCAUCAUUGUUCUAUCUUGUAUUCUUCUUUUUGUCAUUUCCCUGUUUUUCAUACUCUAGACAAACAACACCUUGGGCUUGCGUCAUAAAUCGUGUAGAAGCCUUUUAUAGAAAGCGCAGGUGUCGGAAAGGCAAAAACAAUGAUUAGCCUUUUAUCAGCCGAACCUUGUGCUUCCAGUGACUGUAUCAGACAUUUAAAUCUUUGGCUGUAGCAAUUGUAAGGUCGUAACUUAUUGUAGCUAGCCUCCUUAAUUUCCAUGUGGCGCAGAUAAUCUAAUGAACUCCAAACGAAAGUUAAUGAUAACCCAUAGAGUAAUGACCUAUAAUUUAUUAGCGAACGCGGCAUACGGCUGCAAUGCUUGCGAUAUUGAACACAAGAAGCCGCGUACGUAACGAAGAGAAUAUUUUUAGGCAAGCGGAGUGUUGAACGCGGCUAUAGGUCGCUCGAUGAAGAGUCAUAGUGCACAAUGUCAAUUACCCCAUCACUGAUGCUAACGUAAAAUGCCACGAGGUAGACGGCUCGCUUGAAGGUUGUGAGUGCGUGUCACGUGUUGCUUUUUUCCUACAGUCGGCCAUUAUGUCGUAUUUCGGGUCAUGACAGCUAAGCUACUAGCAACUGAACGAAUCCGAACUUCAAACGAAUUCGGUGAUUGUUAAAAUAGGAUAGUAUUCGGGGCACUGCGGAAAAUAGAGAAUUGCAACCGUGGUUUCAUCCAUCAGAAUCUGCUGGCUCACUAGUUCGUCGAAGAUCCUUCAGCUAUAGUGCACGCACGUUAAAAUACUGGGUAAUCACCAAAAUCACUAUUGGUCUUAUAUCUAUAUAUAAUAUCGCUUGGUCAACUACGGUAAAAAAGUUGCUAAGUGUGAACGAAAGCAAAGAAAGCGUUAAAAGUAGAUCUCUGUUAAGUAACAGAACGAUGAUAGAAUACGAAUCGAAACAAUGAGAAGUAUACGAUAUCAAGACCUUUGUAACAUCGAAAUGACACCCCACUUAAACGUGACAAUAUGCAAUUGGAGUUUUGAAAUUAACGACUUGGAAAAGCGUUGUUGACUAUAAAUAACCCAUAUUUACUACAAACUUACGUUAAGCUUUAAACUAUAGCCAUAUAUGCAGUUUUUAUUAUGCGAUAUUUUGCGCAAAUCAUUCCAGUUACGUACUAAUUAUUUAACGAUAUUUUUAUUUUAUUGAACUUUUGCCGUUUGCCGAUGUUGUUUUUAUGAAUUUUUUUCCUUAGGU